AAAUUUGAAAGGAAUCAUGGUACAAAUAUUUAUAGUAAUUCAUUUAAGAUUAGAUUCAUUUUGUUAUAGAAUAGACAAGGGAAGACAAGAUUGUCAAAAUGGUAUGUGUAUUAUGACGAUGCUGAGAAAGUGAAAUUAUAGAAUGAAGUUCAUCGAUUAAUAGUUUGUAGAGAUACAAAACAUACUAAUUUUUUGGAAGUACUUAGUAUAUGAUUGUAAAUAGUUUAGGAAUUACAAAAUUAUCUAUAAAAGAUAUGCAGGAUUGUUUUUUGCUUUAUGUGUAGAUGUGAGUGACAAUGAAUUGACAAUGCUAGAAUUGAUACAUUUAUAUGUAGAAGUAUUAGACAAAUAUUUUGGAAAUGUUUGCGAAUUGGAUAUAGUCUUCAAUUUUAAUAAAGUAAAAGAAUAUUAUUAUAUUAUUAGGCAUAUUCAAUUUUAGAUGAAAUGAUCGUAGGUGGUGAAAUUGUUGAGACAUCAAAACAAGUCAUAAUUAAUGCAGUCAAGAAUAUUGAAUUAUUAGAUUGA